UACAGAUACUAAAUACCCAAAAAUGUAUCUAGAUACUUUAUUUAGAUACAAGUAUCUAGAUACUGCCCAACACUGGUUAUCGACUAAACCCAGUCUACAAAUGUUUGACUUCUUUGGGUGUCACCGUCUGUAAGACUGGUAGAAAUAAUGAUCAAGUGGCUCUUGGAAACGGGUACUACCUACAUCCUUGACCGGUGAUACUGAGGAGUACAACCUCUGAUUCAAACUAUCAAUGAAAAUAAACUGUUGUUGAACAUUUUCUGAAGAAAGGUGUAGGUAACGACUCUCUAGAUGCCAUCCAGUGCUUACUAAAACACGGUACUAACGUCGAUGGAUCAGAAAACGAAAAAACCCCACUGGCUUGGUCAGCCGAAAAAGAAAAUUUGGACUUACUCGAACUCUUACUAAACAGUAGUGCCAACAUCAACAAGCUGGGUAGUGACGGAACACCCCUCAGCUACCGCAGUUCCGUACAAGCAAUCAGAAGCCGCUAAGUACCUCACCAAAAAUCACGCCAACAUUUGUAAAGUUGGCGAAAAUGGUAAAACUCCGCUUUUAUGGCAGUUCGAAGACCUCGACAUGAUAACGUGCUUCUGGACUCUGGUGCUGAGUACAUCGUCGACACAGUACUGCUGGAUGUCAUUGGAACCAAGAAUUUGCGCGUCGUUCAACUAUUGACAGAAAGAAGAGGACUUGAGUUGGAAAUCGACAAACUUCACCUCUCCUGGUCGCUGUCGACGCCAAAGACGUCAAAAUUGCCAAGUACUUGAUCGACAAUGGCGCAAACGUGGUUAACGAUCUUGAACAAUUAAAAGUUUUGAGGAUAAUUGAAUUCUUGGAAGCCAAAAAUAUGGAAAUGGUGAAGUUGUUGACUGAAAACGGUGCUAGAUUGAAUGAUGCCACACAGUAUAACGAUACAGUUUUAACGAAAGCCCUCGAUAUGGAAAACUUCGACGUGGUGAAGUACUUCGUGGCGUGUGGUGCAGAUGUGAAUCAGGCUAACAAAAAGGGCUUAACACCUCUGCUUAUCGCUGAAUCUAACAACGAUUUUCAGACUUUUCAGUAUCUGGUAGACUGUGGGGCGAAAAUGACCGAGGAGACUCAAGCGACUAGCCCGAAAUUGGCACGGUACUACCGAAAGGCAAAAGAGAGCAGUUUGAGGCGAGGAAAAACAAGUCAAGAUUUCGGUUCCAAUCAAGAAGAAGCCGAAGAUUAGUACUACUUCCGUACUAGUUUUUUUUGUUUGUCCAUUUUUAAAUAACGCGCGUUUAGAGUAAAUUAACUUUAUUAUACCAAAAUUUAAAUAUUGAAACAACAAUAAAUAAUAUAGAUUAUCAAUCAAUAAAUAAAACGUCUAACAAAGAUACAUAAUACAUAUCACCCAGUAUGGCAGUACUAUAGCCGGUCUCAAACAAUUUUAGUUCAAGAUUUUCUACUCGUCAAAAGUUCCGUCGAAGUUCGUCAGUAAGUCAGUCCAUGUAUUGUCAGUUGUCGUCAGGUCAGGACCGCAGAAAUGUCCGUUCAAGUCACUGUCAUAAACCAACCAUUUCGUCACUGUAUGGUUUGUAAUAGUUGUCGUCUGUGUCUAGGUCGUACUGUGGCC